AAACACGUCACUUUUAAAGAUUCCACAACUGACCUCUCGCGAUACUGCGCGCAGUUUCCCACCAGCCAGCAGUGUGGUGUUCUGGCGUGAGCGCGACAGAGAGACAAGGAAAGAUGGCGACACAGGAGAGCGAAGCGACUAAAGCCAUAGCGAGCAACGGCGAGGUGAGCAGCAAUGGAACAACUGCAGCAGCAGAUGGCCAGGCUGUGCAGACCACUGAAAAUGCACAGGACCCUCAGCAGCAGCAGCAGCAACAAGCACCGAACGCAUGGCAGGUCAUCAAAGGAGUCCUCUUCAGAAUCUUCAUAAUCUGGGCUAUCAGUAGUUGGUUCCGUCGCGGUCCCUCCACGCCUGACCCUAACACGCCGGCCGGGGCACCCAGGGUUCCGAGCAGGAACCUUUUUUCCAAGGACACCCUCAUGGACCUGUAUGUGUACGUGUCCCAGGAGGAGGUGUUCUCUGAUUUCAACAACACAGACGCUCUGUUCUGGUUCCACCGGGACCUGGUUUAUGGAGACUGGAACAUGGGGGAGAAUGCUGAUGGCUGCUAUCAGCACUAUAAGGACAUGGACAUCCCCGAGAAAAUAAUGCAGAACGGUUCACUUUACAUACACGUCUACUUCACUAAAAGUGGAUUUCACCCAGAUCCCAAACGUAAAGGGCAGUAUCGCAGACUGGCAACAGUACAUUCAACACGAAUGCUGAAUAAAUACAAGCGAAGAAAGUUCCUGAAGACCAAGAACCUCCUAACGGGAGAAACAGAAGCAGAUCCUGAAAUGAUAAAGAGGGCUGAGAGCCACGGUCCAGUAGAAAUCAUUUCUCACUGGCAUCCAAACCUCACCAUCAACAUGGUUGACGACCACACAGCGUGGGUCAAAGGCUCUGUUCCACCUCCCUUAGACCAGCAUGUGAAGUUUGACGCAGUCAGUGGUGACUACUACCCCAUCGUUUACUUCAAUGACUACUGGAACCUUCAGAAAGAUUACUACCCCAUCAACGAGACCUUGACCCAACUGCCCCUGCUCCUCACCUACUGCCCCCUGUCUUUAUGGCGUUGGCAGCUGUACGCCGCCCAGAACGCACGCUCGCCGUGGAACUUCCUGCCAGAGGACACGUACGAGCAGUCUGAUGAAGACCAGGACUCUGUCAAGGUGGCGCUUUUGGAGACCAACCCAUACCUGCUCGGACUCACCAUCGUAGUCUCCAUCGUACACAGCAUCUUUGAAUUUCUUGCUUUUAAGAACGAUAUCCAGUUCUGGAACAGCAGACAAUCUCUGGAGGGUCUGUCUGUGCGCUCCAUCAUAUUUGGGGUCUUUCAGUCACUCGUGGUCCUGCUUUACAUCCUGGACAACGAGACCAACUUUGUCGUGCAAGUCAGCGUCUUCAUCGGACUUCUCAUUGACCUGUGGAAAAUCACCAAAGUCAUGGACGUCAAACUGGACAGAGAGAACAAAAUCGCAGGAGUUAUCCCAAGGGUGUUAUUCACAGACAAGUCGACAUACGUGAAGUCUUCAACCAAAAUCUAUGACGAUAUGGCCUUCAAAUACCUGUCGUGGCUGCUCUACCCUCUGUUCGGCUGCUAUGCCAUCUACAGUUUAUUGUACGUGGAGCACAAAGGCUGGUACUCGUGGGUACUCAGCAUGCUCUAUGGCUUCUUGUUAACAUUCGGUUUCAUCACGAUGACGCCACAGCUGUUCAUCAACUACAAAAUGAAGUCUGUGGCUCACCUCCCAUGGAGGAUGCUCACAUACAAAGCUCUCAAUACCUUCAUCGAUGACCUGUUCGCCUUCGUCAUCAAGAUGCCCAUGAUGUACAGGAUAGGAUGCCUCAGAGAUGAUGUGGUGUUCUUCAUCUACCUUUACCAGCGUUGGAUCUAUAGGGUCGAUCCCAACCGGGUCAACGAGUUUGGCACCAGCGGAGCGGAUCAGAGUCCCAACAACACAGCUGUGGUGGCAGGAGAUGCUGCCUCUGCUGCUGCCGCCGCCACUGUUGCCGACACAGACAAAUCAGAGGGGGAGAAAAAGAACGAUUAAACCAGAUGGUGCCCUCCCCCUCCAGGGCCAAGAGGACUAGUAAAAAUUUCAGAAGGAGGGGAGAUGUUGUUGUUUAGCUGUCAUGGACGCCGCUAUACAUUUAAAAAAAAAAAAAAAAAAAAAAAGCAGUUCAA